UACCUUCUGCUAAUGCUGAGUUUCGAUAUUUACGAUAGCAUUAAAAACACGUAGUCUAAAGAAUGUUAUCUGUUGAAAUAUACAACUCCAAUUGUUAAUAAUGUUUACUUCGAGUGAAACCGUUAUUUAUUGCAGACUGUUUUUUCAAGUACUUUGUUUUAAUUGUGUAACAUCUGCCGGCUUUUUCUUUCCCCCCGUUUGAAGAGAUAAUAUCCAGGAGAGUGCAGACGUGGAUAAGAUCAUGUGUAAUCCAUUCAGUUUUACUGAGACGCUUAAAGUUUCCUGAUUUUGUUGUCUUUUAAUUCAAAAUGAGUUCCGAUGGUUCAAGUAUCUUUGUUACAGGAGGAGCUGGCUAUGUUGGGAGUCAUUCUAUUUUGGAACUUCUUAAAAGUGGUUAUGAUGUUGUAGCUGCAGAUAAUUUUUCAAAUUCAUGCCCUGGUAAAGAUUGUAUCAUGCCUGAAAGUUUAAAGAGGGUAGAAAAGCUUGCUGGCAAGUCACUUAUCUUUUAUAAAGUGGAUCUAUUAAACAAAAAUGCAUUAGAGCAAAUAUUUCAAAAGCAUGCAUUUUCAUGUGUGGUCCAUUUUGCAGCUUUGAAAGCUGUGGGAGAAUCAUGCAGAUUGCCUUUAGAUUAUUACAAAAACAAUGUAGGAGGCACUGUAACGCUUUUGGAAGUUAUGCAGAAACAUGGUGUGAAGAAAAUAGUUUUUUCAAGUUCUGCCACUGUUUAUGGAGUUCCACAGUAUCUCCCUAUAGAUGAGCUGCAUCCAGUUGGUUCUACAUGCACCAACCCUUAUGGCAGAACAAAAUAUUUUAUUGAAGAAAUAUUAAAGGAUGUUUGCAAUUCAGAAAAGGAAUGGUCUGUAAUAAUGCUUCGCUAUUUUAAUCCUGUUGGAGCACACGAGUCAGGUAUUAUUGGAGAGGAUCCUCAAGGAAUUCCAAAUAACCUUAUGCCUUAUAUUGCUCAAGUUGCUGUUGGGCGGCUGAAAGAGCUCAAGGUUUAUGGCAAUGAUUAUAAAACUGUUGAUGGCACAGGUGUUAGAGACUACAUUCAUGUUAUGGAUUUAGCUGAAGGGCAUGUUGCAGCAGUGAAAGAACUGUUGACAAAGAACUUUUGUGGAUGCAAAGUUUAUAAUCUUGGCACUGGUGAAGGAUAUUCAGUACUUCAAAUAAUAAAAGCAUUCGAAGAAGUAUGUGGGUUCAAAUUGCCUUAUAAAAUUAUUGGACGCAGGGAAGGAGAUGUUGAUAGCAUAUAUGCUGAUGUCUCUUUAGCUGAGAAGUGUUUGGGAUGGAAAUCUAAGCGUUCACUAAAACAAAUGUGUGAAGAUACGUGGUGUUGGCAGUCUAACAAUCCAAUGGGUUUCAAUACAUUAUAGCAAUGUAUUAUUCCUAGAUGACAGGCAUAUUAGAAUUGUGCUAAAAAUAUUUUGAAAAUAUGUUUAAUAAUAAUUACUAUUUUGUAAGGUUUUUCUGCAAAAUAGUGGUGUCUGAAAUCAAAAAUAGAUUAGGUUGAUUUAUUAUUAAGUUAUAUUUUAUUUUGCUGACUUCAUAUAUGUUUUGUGCAGAGCACUUUUAAAUAACUGAGAGAGAUUAUUUACUUUGAAAUUUUUUCUGGAAAAUCUUUUAUACUAAUAUAACUUUUUAUGCUUAUUCUUCACAAGCUUGUAAUUAAUGAAUGUAUAACAUGAAUAAAUGUAACAAAUUCUGAUAAAUAUUUUUCACCAUUUCAGGUUUUUUUCAUAAUUUUUGUAUAAUACUUUUGCUUCUGAAAUUUUUACAGUAGAACCUCUAUAUUUUUGACUCAUUGGUUUUCCUAUCUUAGAUAGCUGGAAGUGUUUGUUUAAUAUAUGUUAUCUUUAUUUUUAUCACAAGAAAAUUAUUCAGGAACUUAACUUUUCCCACAUAAAUAUGUUUAGCAUAUAUUCUUUUAUUGAAAGCAAUCAGUGCAUAAUUCAUAAUUUUAAACUAUUUUAUCAGAAAUAGCUUAUUAAGAAUCAGAAUGUAUUUUGAAGAUGUUUUUGAUAAAAAUCUUUUAAAAUCAAUCAUUAUGUAACUUAAAAUUCUCUAAAUUCAAUUGAGGUUAAGAACUGUGAUUUGUUUUAUAUUUAUUCUUUGAAGUUAGCUAGAAAUUAUAUAUAACUAAAGAUAUAUAUGCUAGAAAUUAUAUAUAACUAAGAAUAUGAGCUAAGCAUCCAAAAACAGAGAACAUAACAGUGAUUAUUAAGCACUUUUAUAACUGAUUUAAAACUACUGCAAAUGAAAGGUAGUAAAUAUGCAACAAGCGAGAGCUUAAAAAUAAAAAUAUUUACUAUCAUCUUGAAAAACCCCACUCUUCCUGAUCUUGAAGAACCAAAUAAAAAAUUUAAAUAAAAACUAUUAUAAUUUUCCCUCUGUGUUGGCAAUAAAAUUUUUGAUAAUUAGCAUAUAAUUGUAUUUUGGAUUUUUGAUAAAAUUAUUUACACUUACUAAUUUUUAUGUUUACUGAAUGCUGUUCGUUCCAAACUUUCAAAAACACAACAUUUUUUUUUAAUACAAACUAAACCAUUCAAGAAGGCAUUGCAACCCAGACAUAUCUUUGGCUUCCUGAGUUAAAUAUUAUUAUAAUUUGGUUCCUUGUUUCUCUUUUUCGUGACAAUUUUUUUUUUUUUUUUUUUCUCAGAUAAUUUCAGCUUGCAUGCUCUGGUUCAUCUGAUUCAUAAAUGCAGACUUGAAGUGUGCAGAGCUUCUGACUUUUAUUUUCUUUUAUUUCUGAUCAGCUUUUGAUUUUUAAAUUUUAUUUUCUAUGAGAAUUAUGUUAAAUAUUUCCAUCUCUUUCUUUUACUGACUAUAUAUACAAGGUAUUCCAAAACGAAUAAACAUCUGAAUCUCUUUUAAAUAGUUGAACAUAAACAAAAGAUCCAAUAUAAGAUACUAGAGUAAUUUCGAGUAGAUUAGUUAGUUGCCUUAACAUAUAUGGCGCACACAUGAUAAUUGGCUGAAAAGUAGUGAAAAUUCAUUGGAUAAGCUGCACCACUGUGUACACUGCAGCAAAGAAUUACAAAACAAGGCACUAUUAAUUUAUUCAGUAAUUGUGUUUUAUACUGAUGUAAUCAUCAUUGGUAACAUUUUAAUACAUUUACAAAAUAGCCAUAAACAGUAAUAUAUAAAUAAAUAAAAAGUAUAAAAACAUCUUACUUUGAACUUUCCAAAGUCAAAAUCUGCUGAUUUCUAAUAGACAUUAUUUUUACGGGUUUGGUAAAGUUUUUUAUUGCUUUAAAUUACCAUACUGUGAAAAAGAAUAUAUAUAAAUUAGAUAAUGAAACAAAAUUUUAUAAUUAAAAUAAAUUGCAUUUAUUUAUACAAAAUAUUCAAAAUCUGAUUAUCAUCAGAAUUAAAUAAACUUAACAAAUGAGCAUCAAGGUCGCUUUUGUAACUUGGUUUUAAAUUACGUCUUUCAACAUCACUAUCUUCAUUUUCAUCUUCUCUUUCAAUUAUUUCUGAUUUAAUGAAAGUUGAUAUGAUUAUAUCAGUUUGGACUGAUUGCCAUGCUUUAGUGACCCACAAGGCAACCUUCUCAUUAUAAACCCACUUGGUAUCACUGAGACAUCGGUGCUGUUCUUUUGCUUCAGAUUUUACUGUAUUCAUUAAACAGGAUCGCAUUGACUUCAGAACGAUGAAUCCCCAAGAAAAAAGAGCCUUUCUUUUUUUAAUAAAUUUCUCUCAGCCAAAACUAUAUCACUUUUUUGCACAUCCACCCUUUUUCAUUGGUGCAAAUAAUGACUUCUUUAGGGCAUUUGCUUUCAAACUGUUUUUAUUUUUUAAAUUAUCAAAGAGACUAACUUUUCUUCAUUGGCAGUACAAGCCAAAACACAAGUAAAAGAAGUCUUUCCAUUCUGAUUGUUAACACAAAAUAUUUUUAACUUAUUGAAUGAACAGUUCUGCUUAGAAAAUAAUCAAAAGUAGAAGGGGGUAUCCUUCUUUCAUGUUAAUUAUUUGCCCUCUAUUGAAAUUUUGUUCUCGAAUUCUUUUCUUUUGUUCUUUCUCUUAGCCCCCCCACCGUGGACUGGGGGAAAAAGCUGUCUUCCCCCCUCCCCCCAGUCCAAGGGAAGCUUCUGAUCAACUGUUAUUUUGGUCCUGAAGGAUAAUUUCUUUUAUUUCAUGAAUCUGGAACACCAAUAAAGUUUUUAAUGCUCAUUUGUUGAAUGAUUACUUUUGCGAAGACAAAUUGUAACUGUUGACACUGAUAAUUCCUUUUCUCUCUGCUCUUAUUCAUUUCUCUUAAUUGUUUUCCAAAACAGACCAGUCUUUGUUGCCAGUUCUGCAUGGCCCUCUAUUCUUCGCACAUUUUAUAAGUUCUGUAAGCUACAGAGUUCAGCAAGAAGAAUAUAAAUUAUUACGUCGUGCACCCUAUUGUAGUAAGGCUAGUUUCACUCAAGGUAGAACUUGGUGCCCUGGCUUUUAGCACAACCAAAGUGCUCAUAUGAGGCUAAAAUGUUGUAGCAAAUUCUACAUUAACUGUUUUGCUUGGGCAUAACUUGCAGUUUAAGCUAGUGAAAUUCUAAAGAUGGUGGAAAAAUAAAAUUCCUUCAAAUAAGCCACCCCAGCAGAUACACCGCAGACCUAACUUUUAAACACAUAUAAACCAUGGCUAUCUCCCCAAAAUUAUGGUAAUCAAAAAGAGUAAACAUUAAAACUGUGAUACUUGUAGGAAACAAAAUUUGAAUUAUCAUAUAGUGAAAAUUACCUGAAAAUAACCUAAUAAUUAACAUUGUUUAAAAUUUUAAGAGGGGGGUGUCUGUCUGCACAAAGCUUGUUUUAAACAUCUGCACAUUAAUUUUUUUAAUAUAUAUAUUAAAUCUUCAGAAGCAUUAGUUACAAAUAUCCAUUUGCAUAAAUGAGGAAAUUUAGAAUUCUUCAUUUUGUGAAUUGAGUCAUUAUAUUUAUGUAUUAAAUUAACUUGAUUUCUUAAGUAAUAAUGAUAAAUUGAUUUUGAUUUUUUCCCCUAUUACAUGAAAAUCAAAUAUAUGGAAUAUUUUAAAUAAUGUGAUAAACUUAUAUGUGGCAUGGUGCAUUUAUUCUUAUAUAUACGUAGGUUGGGGCAAAAGUCAUGGUAACUAUUUUUUUUCUUCAAGAUACCAGUCCAGUUGAAAAACGUGACAUACACAGACGAAAGAACAAGUUCUUAACUACAUGUGUGGACAAUGAAUACCAGCGAAAUAUCAUAACAUACAAAUUUAUUACGGUAGUAUACAGGGCAAUAUAGCCUUCACCGUGCAAAAAGAAUGAUAACACAAUACACGUAAAGUUGACAUGACAAACCUGGGCCUAAAGACCCUCAAUGUAGCCCCUGCUGUCACCACACGCUGCCAUUGUUGUGGGAGGCGCUGAAUACCAUCAGCCUAAGCAUUUGCCGCACCAUGUGUGAAUCGGGUCAUCUGUUGGCACAGCAUUAGCAAUGGCCUGUCGUGUUGCAAACUGCCUACCACGUAUUGGUUCCUUAAUCUUGGAAAAGAGAUCAAAGUCACAGGGCGAAAGGUCAGGAAAGCACAGUGGGUGCUCCAAUUCUUCCCAUCCCCAACGUCGGAGUAGCUGCCGUACACACUCUGCUUUAUGUGGUCUUGCAUUGUCGUGCAGAAUUAUUGCACUGUCCACAAGAUCCGGACGUAUAUCCCGAACGCCAUGUCAUACCUGUCGCACCAGAAAGUCCCUGUAUUACUGUGUGGUCACUGUUCUGCCAUGAGGAACAAAGUGGCUAACAAUGACACCCCUGACGCCAUCACGACGAUCACCAGCAAUUUGACUGGGGAAGGAUUCUGAUGCUAGCCCAUUGCGCCAUAUCCUGCGAAUGAUGCGUUUCUCGAUGCCACUUGCCCUCUCUAACUCCAGUAAUGUUUAUCGUCUGUCUUCAUCCAUGAGGUGCUCCAUGACGGCACGUGCCAAUUCGGUCCGCACACUCACCGGUCAUUCCGAACUUUGCUCAUCACUGGUUGACACAUGUCCUUGUUGAAACUUUCCUAACCAUUGUGCUACUGUACGAUAUGGUAGGGCAUUAUUCCCAAGGGUUCUACUAAUUCACUGUGACAUUCCAUCACAUUUCUCCCUCAGAGAAUGGCUAUUUUGAUGUAAGCUCGUUGCUCAACACGGCUUACUUCCAUCUCGCACAGCACUCACAAACUGACUGAUUUCAGAGCCCUCGCUACCACAGAGCCGUCUGUAGUUCUGCAUAUACACUAUGCCUGCAGAACUUCCACACGACACAUAUACGUUUUGUGAUCCGUUCACAUAUCUACAAGAAAAAAAAAUAGUUGCCAUGACUUUUGCUCCAACCCUCCUAUAUACUGCAUAUGUAAAAUUUUUCCAAGUAUUUAUACUUAUUCUGGAAAUUGUCCAUGUAAUUUAUUCAUCUAUAGAUUUUUAUAUUCUUUGAUUUAAUCAUAUAUUUUUGGACAGUGUUGAAUUAAUGAGGUUCUGCUGAAUUUAAUUUUUCUCGUAUAUUUUAUUUUAGAAAUAGUUUCUUGAAAUAUUCAAACAAUGUUAUUUGUGAAUGCUUUUUUUAAUAUAUUUUAAAUAUCUAAUUAUACAAAUUAUUAAAUAUUCUAUUCAAAAAAUAAUGCAUAAUUUUUGUGCAUGUGUUGCUUUUGAUAAAAGUCUUGUUAAUAGAUUAUCUUGUAUGAUUCAUUUGUUUGGACACUGAUGUUUUAUAUUUUAUAAUUAUGUAAAUGUUAAAAUUAAUUUAUUAUGAUUAUAUGGCAUUAUAUGUAAAAAUAAUGGAAUUUUAUGUGCUUCUAGAGUUUUUAUUUAAAACACUGGAUUUUAUGAGCUUGAAAUCUGAUUGGCACACAAUAAAAAUCUAAUUGAUAAUACUGAAAAUUCAGUAUUAUGAAUCACAUUUUUAUAACCAUGUUGAUAUAUUUCAAUAUGUGAAUUUGCUUUUCAUGUAAUAACUCCCUUCAUCAUAUCAGAAAACUAAAAAAAUUUUCAAUUUAUUCCUAUGGGAAAGUGCAAUAAGUUAUUAUUUAUCAAAUAAUUUUUGAAAUAUAAUAUGCUGAAUGUUUUAUUGAUAUAAUGCAGUUCAUUGUUUUUUUACAAAGUGAUCAAUUUUCAUUUGAUUUUUCUAGUCAGCAUUAAUUUAAAUUUAUAAUCAAACUUUGAAAUUAUUUCAUAUUCUUUAGUUCAAUUUUCUUUAAUUAUGUUUCUUUAAUAUUGGGAUUUUUAUUGAUCAUUGAUAUAUAGGCAGAUAUCAAUGAUCAGAUUUCAUGUUCUUUAGUUCUAACUAAAGAAUAUUUAGACUAAUAACUAAAUAUUGGGUAUUCAUAUUUUUUGUGAUUGUCCUUAGUUACUUUAAUUUUUGUAAGAUAAUUUAUAUUUUCGAGAUAGUUAUAUGUAUAAAAUUUACAAAUAUGUAUAGCAUUUCAUCAUAAGUAUAAACUGUUUUCAAUUGAAAAAGCAUUUAAAUGAUUUUUAUAAACAUUCAAGUCUGAAGGAGGCAGCAGAAGGAUUUCCGGUAUUUUAUCUUGCUGAAUUAGCAUAUCAGAUCUAUGCUAAAAUUUUAUUGUGUAAAAUGUGAACGAGACAGUUGAAAAAUGUAAAAUAAUUUAAUUAGUAAAUUGUUACAAUAAUUUUUAUUUAUAAAAAAACAAAAAAUUUAUAAUGUGUAUUAAAAAAAUUUAGUAUUGAGCAGUGUAUAGCAUAAUGCUGAACCAACAUCAAUUCUUUAAUAACAAUAUAUUUGUAGUUAAUUAAAAACUUAAAUCUUUUGCAGUCAUAUGUACAUGUAUAAUUUUUAUUGUAUUUUUAUACAAAUAUAUUAUUACCAUAGGUAACUAAGUGAUGAUAUUUUCUUUUUUAAAAUUUUUUUUUGAACAAAUCAUGCCUUUCUGGAUAUUUUUCCUUUUGUGAAUGGCUUAUUAAAUGAUGAAGCUUUAUUUUGUUAAGUUUUCUGUAUGUUGUAUUUAUGUUAUCUGUGUAUCAUAAUACUUCUGCUAUGUAUCAUAAUACUUAAAGCUAUAUCAAAACUGCAUGGAUUUUCUUGUUGCUUUUGAAAUAUCAACUGAUUUUCUAAGAACUGCAAAUCAGUUAUUCUCAUAAGUACUAGUCUGGAUAUGAAAUUGAAAAAAAUGGGGGGGGAGGUGAAAAUCCUUUUUUUAAAUGUUAAACUAGUCUUAUGUUACAAUGAAUACUAGUCUAUAUAAUUAUGUUUCUAAAUAUUAGUUCUUGUCUUGCAAAAGUUUAAGUAUAAAUAAAAUUAUUUCUAAGUCUUA